AUGCGCUGGGGAGUUUUAAUUCUGUUUUUCCAACUUGUCGCCAUUUGUUUGACGGCUCUUGCAGAGCCUGAAAAUGCAUUCAGUGAACUGAAUCACGUUGUGCAACGCGUUUUUACGCGUCAAAAACGUUUUCUGAUUUUCCUAAAGGGUGCCAAUAUGAAAUUUACCGGUUCCAUUAGCAAAAGUGUGAUAGCGCGCUUUCCCAAAGGUGUUAACAUGGCACUGGAAGAGGCGCUUUAUUAUCCUGUGCCACGGAGUCGCGAAGAUUUGUAUCCAAAGGCUUUUAAGACCAAAACAACAGAAGCACCAAAAAUAUCUACGACUCAAUCUUACGUUUGGAUACCGGGCACAAACUGGCGUUUCAAAGCCCAACAUGUGCCACCAUAUCAACUCGUUCCAUUUAAACCUCUCGGUUAUGAAAGACCUCCCCCAAAACCCAAACACAGGAUCGAUGUAUCACCACCCACUUAUGCCAACCCCAACAAAUGGCAGAAGUGGUCUAAAUAUGGACAGAAUAAUACGUAUUGGAGGCCAGAAUAUGAGCAUUAUAAGAAAUACAAGUAUGCACAAGUCGAACAGCCCGCAGCAAACAUGAAAUGGCGAAAAAGGCCAACAGGUUCGUCUAAAUAUGAUCAUUACAUUGACAAUUGGACAUCGCAUGGACAGCACGGACAGUCGUGGAAGUCAGAUGUACCAGACAAGUGGUCGAAAUGGACAACAGUAUCCCCCAAAUGGACGAACUAUGGCAAUCGUUGGUACAGGGAUGUGGAACAGAGCAAUAACGAGGAGAAAGCCGAAUUUUAUGAUCCCCACAGUGCUCCUUAUGAAUUAUAUGACUAUGCGGAUCUGACCCCUCUUAGAGAUUGGCGGCAUUAUCAUGCGCAUCGCGAUCGCCGACAGUUGUUUGAUCAACUUUCUGGUUUCAGUCGUCUACUUGGCUUCGAUGUAAAGACUUGCAUUUUACGAGCCAUGUGCGACAGCAAGCGAUUACUGUUGCCACCGGGCUAUUCCAUGAUGCAGGACAUAAUACGACUGAUCUUCACAAUGCCCACCAUAACGGGCGUGGAUGAUGAAUACAGUCAGGCAAUGCGUAUGGAUCCCGAACACUGUGCCCAACAUUUUCGUCAGCAAUGCAAGGUAGAUAUACUGGCUUGGCUUUUCAGUGGUCAUUAA